CCUACAAUCGAUUUAAUUAAACGUUCCAACGUUCCAUUAUUUAAAAGAUUUUAAAGUGGUUUUUUUCUUGUUUUUUUUGUAGUAAAAUUUUGAUUUGUGAAUUAUAAUGAAAUUAUCAAAAUUCUAUUGGAUGAUGUUCAUCACAUGUUACUUGUCAUUUAGCCACGCCCUCGAAUGCUAUGUGUGUACCGAUCAAGAAGGUAAUAAAGAAAAAUGUUUAAAGAGUACAAAAAUUUGCGAACAACAUCAAGAUACGUGUCUCACGGAAAUUAAAUGGGGAAGUACACCAUACUGGUCGCAAGGAGCAAAAAAACAAUAUUAUGUCUCAAAAAGAUGUUCCACGAAAAAAGAAUGUGAACGAAUAAAACGUGCUAAUAUGGAUGAUUGCACUUAUAUUUGGUAUCAAGAUUGGAAAUGUUCCGACUGCUGUCAAGGAGAUAAAUGCAAUUAUUAUGUGAUUUCCAUGAUCUGGAAAUUAAAAACUUUGUACAAGAUGUUUAGUCGGAAGAAAGAGGUGGAUUAUUCUCAGGAUACAAGAUUGGCAAGAUGUCUGUCCACAUUGGAUCUCACGGCUCUCGGUAUAGGUUCGACUCUCGGCGUGGGUGUGUACGUUCUCGCAGGCUCCGUUUCGAAAACGAUCGCAGGCCCUGCCGUAAUAGUCUCGUUCGCUAUUGCCGCGAUUGCAUCAAUGUUUGCAGGUCUGUGUUACGCGGAAUUCGGUGCAAGAGUACCACGUGCAGGAUCAGCGUACAUAUACAGUUACGUAACAAUGGGAGAAUUUACAGCUUUUCUGAUCGGUUGGACGUUAAUUCUCGAAUACGUAAUUGGCUCGGCCAGCGUGGUACGAGGACUGAGCACUUACGUAGACGCUUUGUUUAAUAAUACUAUGAGAAACGCGUUCGAAACGGCGGCGCAUAUAGACAUCGAUCACCUCUCUUCUUAUCCGGAUUUCUUUGCCUUCGGAAUAACUCUAAUCUUUUCCGCUGCAUUGGCGUUCGGCGCAAAGGAGUCCUCGGUAGCCAAUAAUUUCUUUACGCUUACAAAUCUUUCCGUAGUUCUAUUCGUCAUAAUCGCUGGAUCUCUUAAAGCCAACAUAAACAAUUGGAAGACGAAGCCAACUUGUACGACGGAAAAUUGCAAAUACGGGAAUGGAGGUUUCAUGCCUUACGGUAUAGCUGGUGUUAUAAGCGGAGCGGCAACCUGCUUUUACGGAUUCAUCGGUUUCGAUUGUGUCGCGACUACCGGCGAGGAGGCGAAAGAUCCACAAAAAUCGAUUCCAAUAGCAAUCGUUGCUUCGUUGACCGUCGUCUUUCUUUCGUACUUCGGUGUAUCCACGGUAUUGACUACCGUCCUUCCUUAUUUCGAGCAGAACGAGGAUGCCCCGUUUCCGGAAUUAUUCGAUCGCAUCGGUUGGAAUUGGGCGAAAUGGCUGGUGACUAUAGGUGCCAUUUGCGGUCUGUGUUCAAGUUUAUUAGGAGCGAUGUUUCCCUUACCACGAAUUAUUUACGCCAUGGCAUCCGACGGAUUGAUAUUCGAAUGGAUGGGAAAGGUCAGUUCACGAUUCCAUACUCCUCUGAUGGGUACAUUCUCCGCAGGAAUUCUUACUGGUUUGCUGGCUGCCAUUUUUGAAUUGACUCAACUGGUAAAUAUGAUGAGCAUUGGAACACUGCUCGCUUAUUCGAUCGUCGCAACGUGUGUACUCAUACUUCGAUACGAGGAGAGCGAAGCAUACCAAAAAAAGGGGGAUCGUGAUCCAAGAACCUUGAAAUUCAUUGCGAGGCAGUUAAUUAACGCUAAUGGAUUAAAUCAUUCUACGAAAUUAACGUCUCAAAUCGUUACUUACCUUGUCGUGUGUUACGUUAUCCUAUGUAUUUGCAUCGGUGUUACAAUUUCAAUUUUUACCGAUGAAAUAAUGAAUGGUAAAAUUACACUUAUCGUUCCAUUAACAAUUCUGCUAUUAGCUCUUGUCGUUAUUCUUGUUUUUAUUUAUCUUCAACCGACUUCUGGAAAGAAUCUUGCAUUUUCGGUACCGUUGGUGCCAUUUUUGCCUGCUUUCAGUAUUAUUAUUAAUAUUUAUCUCAUGAUGAUGUUAGAUAAAAUGACAUGGAUAAGAUUUUUAAUAUGGAUGACAGUUGGACUUGGAAUAUACUUUUUUUACGGUGUUUGGCAUAGUAAAAUGAGAAAAGAUAAACACACAAAAUUACCAGAAAAUGGUUAUAAUGAAGACACGUGGAAAACCAAUGAUUCCUCUAUGCAUAAAUGACACGAUGUAUUUCAUUUUCAUAAUAAAAAUUUUGGAUAAAUCGGA